UUGAAAUUACUUUAGUUUGAGAUCAUGAAUGCAUCAAUUAGUUUCGAAUAAUAUAAAUAUAUGUAUCUACUACUCUAGUUGUCGCCCUUCGCUUCUUUGUUCCGCAGCAACCGCCGAACUUCUUCUGCUUAUUAUUAUUAUUAUUAUUAUUUAGAAAAAAAAAAAAAGGGAAAAGCUUGGUUCGCCGUCGAUCGCAUGGGGUCGCGGGGGCGCGCGUGGAGCGUGUUCGACGCCGUGCGCUCCUUCCCCUCCACGCCCGAGGCCCUCAUGGCCCAGAUCGACGCCGCCAUCGCCGCCCACGAGUACACCCACGCCACCGCCCUCCUCUCCGCCUCCCCAUCCUCCUCUCCGCCCGACCACGACGGCGAGGCCAAGGCGGCGGCGGCGGCGGCGGCGGCUGAGGAGGAAGUGAGCAAAGAGGGCGCCGCCGCGGCCCCUGCCGUGGGCGUGGGCGGCGGCGGCGGCGGCGGGGGGGCCUUCGACGCGCGGCUCGCCGACAAGGCCUACAUGGCGGCGUGCGCAGCCCUCUCCUCGGGGAGGCCCGACGCCGCCGUGCGCUCGCUGCGCGUGGCGAUCGCGAAUUGCCCGCCCGAUAAGGUCUCCGCCGUAGCGAAGCUCCACUCCCUCCUCGCCAUUGCCUCCGCUCAGCUCCAGAAGCAGCAGAACAAGCGCUAGCAGAGAGAGUUCUCGAGAUCCGAUCUCCAAAGGUAGGGUAACAGUAUUAUCGACUGCUCAGAAGCCCAUGAUUGAAGAGUUACAUUAACAGGCCCCUCUUUUAAUGAUUCAUUCACCCGCUCUGGUGUAGCAUCAUAUUUGUUCAACAGAGAUUACAUAGUGUGAACAAUCAAGCUGUGACUCCUUGAUGACUUAGAUGGCGACAUGAAGGAAGAAGUCUUGGAAUCAUAAUACUGAGCCCCUUUUCAUAGGGGAAAGAUGCUAUUGGAAUGUCAUAUUGUAGUACAGGAUUAGUGAAAUUGUUCGGAUAAACAGGGGCAUACUUUUUGGUUUCAUUUAAUUAUAUUUCAGAGGAACUAUGGUGCAUUGUGAGUAAUCAGGAAAUGAACUGUACAUAUAAUUCACAUAGUCUCUUACUUUCUCAA